UAGUGGAUAUUUGUUUAAGAUUACUUAAUUGUUACUUUUGGGCUUGGACAUCUUUUAAACAAAUAAAAGACAGAAAAUGUUAUAUCGAGCUAAAUGCUUUCGUGGAGGUUAUCAAAUUUUUUUACGACGUUAUUCUAAAGAUGUAAAAUCAGAAAAGCUGCUGAACCCUCAGAUUUCAUUUUCCGGCUAUCACCCGAAAAACUUUGAACUCAAAGAUGUUUCUUCAAAAACCGGACAACCUGGCAAGGAACAUAAAUUUUCAAUGUUGUUUCCUCCUCCAAAUAUUACUGGAGACAUACAUUUAGGCCAUGCUCUGACGGCAACAAUUCAAGACGCUAUUAUUAGAUGGAAACAUAAACAAAAUAUUGAGACAAUUUGGAUACCUGGCACAGAUCAUGCAGGAAUUGCUACGCAAGUUAUUGUUGACAAAAUGCUUUUUCAUCAAGAGAAUAAGAAGCGUUUAGAUCUAGGAAAAAAGGCGUUCUUAGAAGUAGUCAAACAAUGGCAAAAUGAAAAGCAAUCAUCUAUUAAGAAAGAUUUAAAAAUGUUGGGAACUUCCUUUGAUUGGGAAUAUGAAUAUUUCACCAUGGAUUCAAAUUUAUCUGAUUCUGUAAACGAAGCGUUCAUCAGACUUUUUGAGAGAGAUUUGAUUUUUCGAGAUGCGACGAUAAUCAAUUGGAGUUGUGCUUUAGAAUCUGCAAUCUCUGAUAUCGAAGUUGAAAAUAUUGAAUUAUGUGGAAAAACUGAAAUUGAAUUACCGAACUAUAGUCAGAAGAUAUCAUUUGGUGAAAUUACUGAUAUAGCAUAUAAAAUUGUUGAUUCUGAUGACGAAAUUAUUGUUUCCACUACGAGACCAGAAACAAUGCUCGGCGAUGUUGCCGUAGCUGUUAAUCCCAAUGAUCAAAGGUAUAAUCAUCAUUUACCAAGAAAAACUCAAUUAUGGCAUCCAUUUCGAAAUGAAUCAAUCCCUUUAAUUUUUGAUGACUCUGUUGACCCAUCAUUUGGGACAGGUGCAUUAAAAAUCACUCCAGCACAUGAUAAAGAAGAUUAUAAAAUUGCAAAAACACAUAAUUUAAAUAUCAUUCAAGUAAUAAACGAAAAAGGAUUAAUUAUGGAAAAUUUUGAACAUUUUGGAAGUCUGAAACGUUUCACAGCACGAGAUAAAAUUAUUUCUUAUUUGAACGAUAUUCAACUUUACAGAGGAAAAAAAUCACAUAAAAUGUCGCUUCCAAUUUGCUCGCGAUCUAAAGAUAUCAUUGAAUUCUUAUUGAAACCACAAUGGUUCUUAAACUGCUCAAAAUUAUCACAAAGAGUAUGUGAAGUAGUUAAAACCAAAGAAUUGAAGAUUCAUCCAAACACGUUUGAAACUGAAUGGUUUCGGUGGAUGGAAAAUUGUCACGAUUGGUGCAUUUCUCGACAGCUAUGGUGGGGACAUCAAAUACCUGCUUAUAAAAUGAUAACUCCUGAGAAUAAAACUUCAGAUAUUUGGGUCGCAGCUAAAUCCUCAGAGGAAGCAAAAGAAAAGUUUCGAAAAAUGAAUGCUGAAUUUAUUGAAUUCGAUGUAAAAAGAGAUUCAGAUGUUCUCGAUACAUGGUUUUCAUCUUGCAUCCUUCCAUUGUCUGUUUUCAAUUGGCCAAAUCAAAGUAAAGAUUUCGAGAAAUUCUUUCCAUUGAGCCUCAUGGAGACUGGGCAUGACAUUCUUUUCUUUUGGGUCGCUCGUAUGGUGAUGCUGUCGCUUGAGUUAACUGAUCGAAUUCCUUUCAAAGAAGUUUUGUUGCAUGGAGUAAUUCGUGAUUUCUAUGGUAGAAAAAUGUCAAAAAGUUUGGGAAAUGUUAUUUUUCCUCGACAAAUUAUUCAUGGAGCUACACUAGAACAACUUGAAGAAGAAACAAAAUCUUUAGCUUCGAUGGGUGUAUUGACAGAAACUGAACUUCAUAAAUCUCUUGCAGGACAGAAGAUUAUGUAUCCGAAGGGAAUUGAAGAAUGUGGAAUCGAUGCCUUGCGCCUCACUUUAUGCUCUUACAACAUCAAACAACAUUAUAUAAGUUUUAAUGUUUCAGAUUGUUCGAAAAACAAACGAUUUUUAAAUAAGAUUUUCAAUGCUAUAAAAUUUGCCAUGGAUUCAUCAGAAAAUGCUAAAGUAAUAGUCAGAGACAUUGAAUAUCUUAACAACACAGAACUCUCAGACAUGGAUUUGUGGCUUUUGAGUCGCUUAGGAAAUACAACAAGAACAGUUAAAAAUGCUUUUGAAAAUUAUAAUUUUCAUAUUGCUGUGUCAGCAUUAAAACAGUUUUUCUACAAAGACAUAUGUGACGUCUACAUCGAAGCAGUUAAAGUUAAAAGGAAUAAUAUCGAAAAGAGCGCUGUAAUAAACGCUCAAGUUUUGAGUACAUGCCUAGCUGUAGGCUUGGAUCUCAUGGAACCUUUUACGCCUUAUUUUUCAAGAGAAAUGAGAGAAUUUACAGCAAAGAAUUGUGAUAUAAAUCCCGAACUUUACAUAAAUGAAAUGCAUGAAGAUAAAAUUGGUAAAAUUCUUGAGAUAUGCAAGCACAUUAGAGAAUUCAAAGCUCAUUAUAGUAUGACAAAAAAUACAUCCAUAAUAAUUCUUAUUAAAUCAUUGGAAUUUGAAGAAUGCAUCAAAAAUAAUGUUAAUCAUAUUAAAAUGUUGACUUCUUGCGAUGCUAUUGGAAUGACAAAUGAUUCCCAGUAUUUUGAAAAAGAACCUUUUUUUGCUUCAUCAACUGCUGGUCCUCUAUGUUCCUUUGGAUUGAAGACAUCGACUCCGAAUCUACAUGAAGAUCCUUCUUCUUUGAAUAAGAAAAAAAUUCAAAAGCUUACCAUUCAGCGAGACAAUUUACUGAAAAUCAUAAAUACUGAAGGAUAUCAGAAAAGUGCCAGUGAAAAGAAACAAAAAAUUCUUAAAGAAAAAUUAGAAAAAAUGAAUUCGGAAUUGUUGAGCUUAAAAGAGAUUAAUGAGCCACUUGACACACAAAUUCUACAAUCAAACAUCGACAAGCUUAUAACUUACGCACAGACGAACAAUCUGACACUCAACGCAAAAAAAUGCAUCGUAACGAGCUUCUCGAGGAAACAAUCAAGCUUAAUUUGCGCUCAGUAUCAUAUUGAAGGUGAAGAACUGGAAAGAAAAAUUUCAACUCGCGACUUAGGAGUCAUUUAUGAUCACAAGUUAAAUUUUAAUGAUCACAUUAGCUACAUCUCUGGAAAGGCAAGGAAAAUGUUAGGGUUUAUUAUAAGAAAUGGAAAAUACUUCAAAGAUGCAAAUACUUUUAUCACUCUUUAUAAUAGCCUUGUAAGAAGCAACAUAGAAUAUGCAUCGGUAAUAUGGAAUCCUCAUACACAACUUCAAACAAACAAACUAGAAAGUAUCCAACAUAAAUUCCUACGUUUUCUUGCUUUUAAAUGUCUUAACAAGAAAGAUGAUUCACUUAAUUAUAGUGAAAUUGAGAAACGGUUCAAGAUGGACAAUCUGGAGUUAAGAAGAAAAAUUGCUGAUGUGAAGUUCACAAAAAAAUAA